CUCCUUGGAUGCUCUGGGAGGAGAGCAUACCCUGGGGCUUGGCCGAAGGAAAACGCGGACUCUGGAGUGCAGGGAAGGCUGGGCCUCUUCUCCUGAGGAACUGGGCUUCAAGAAAGGGACAGGCAGAGCCCUCUCCCUUGUUGAAUACCACCUGUUUGGAGUGUAAGAGGCCUGUGACCACAAAGAACAGCCAGCUUUCAAAGUCGCGUCUGCGAGGUAGCUCUACAGAGGAGACACCCACCAGCUGCCCUGCAGAGCCGGAACCAGCUGUGAGGGCUGCCGGUUUGGGGCCUCCAGGCAUCAUGAGCGUGGGCUUCAUCGGGGCUGGCCAGCUGGCCUUUGCUCUGGCCAAGGGCUUUACAUCAGCAGGUAUCCUGGCGGCCCACAAGAUAAUGGCCAGCUCCCCAGACAUGGACCUGGCCACAGUUUCUGCCCUCAGGAAGAUAGGGGUGAACCUGACACCCCACAACAAGGAGACUGUGCAGCACAGCGACGUGCUGUUCCUGGCCGUGAAGCCACACAUCAUCCCCUUCAUCCUGGACGAGAUUGGCACUGACAUUGAAGACAGGCACAUCGUGGUAUCCUGUGCGGCCGGUGUUACCAUCAGCUCCAUUGAGAAGAAACUGACAGCAUUUCGACCAGCACCCAAGGUUAUCCGCUGCAUGACCAACACCCCAGUUGUGGUGCGAGAGGGGGUCACUGUAUAUGCCACGGGCACCCAUGCCCAAGUGGAGGAUGGCAGGCUCCUGGAGCAGCUCCUAGGCAGCGUGGGCUUCUGCACGGAGGUGGAGGAGGACCUGAUCGAUGCUGUCACAGGGCUCAGUGGCAGUGGCCCUGCCUAUGCAUUCACUGCCCUGGAUGCCCUAGCUGAUGGCGGUGUCAAAAUGGGACUUCCAAGGCGCCUGGCAGUCCGCCUUGGGGCCCAGGCCCUCCUGGGAGCUGCCAAGAUGCUGCUGGACUCAGAACAGCACCCAGGCCAGCUCAAAGACAACGUCUGCUCUCCUGGUGGGGCCACCAUCCACGCCCUGCAUGUGCUGGAGAGUGGGGGCUUCCGCUCCCUGCUCAUCAAUGCGGUGGAGGCCUCCUGCAUCCGCACGAGGGAGCUGCAGACCAUGGCUGACCAGGAGAAGGUCUCGCCUGCUGCCAUCAAGAAGACUGUUCUGGACAAGAUGAAGCUGGACUCUCCUGCAGGGGCCUCUCUGUCCUCUGGCCCUGCCAAGCCACUGGCCCGCAGCCUGGCCCCAGCAGGCAAGGACUGAUGCGCCCUGCCUCUGCCUGUUCUCCCUUCCUCCCUCCUUCCCUGCCUCUUGCUGUGUUGCCCGUGCCUGACUUUGAAUUAUUGCCCUCGACUGAUCCUCCCACCUGAGCCUCCCAAGUGCUGGGACCCAGCUUUGCUCUCCACUUCUUCCUUUCCUGACUCCAGGCUCUUGCCCUGGGGUUAUCUAGUGAAGAUGUCCUUCAGUGGACAUCUACCCACAGUCUGGGUCAGCUAGGGUUGUGGCCAGGGAGGGACAUGUCACUUUCCACUGGGAACUUCCAUGGUCCCCAGGCUUCAGCCCAUAACAGGGCUGGGUUCUUAGACCUCUGCCCACCCUGAGCUUUUUAUGAUGCUCUAGCCUGGGGGUCUUCACCCUCCCUCAGCCCCAGUGUCAGCUGGCUUGGGCUUGGCCCUCCUUGAGUGAGAAGGUCAGUGGUAGAGCACUUAGCAUGGCAAGUCCCUGCUUCCCCUCCCAGCACUGCAACACAGAAAGACCCAAGGCCCCUUCUCCACGCUCUACUCGCUCUCCUUCCUGUGUGCUGGCAGCAGGUCCCAGGCAUCUUGAGCUUGGUGCCAGGGACCCAAGUUCUGGCCAGCUGCCCAGCUUCCUCAAACAUGUUGAACAUUUGAGUACUCCUUGGGUAGUUGACGAACUUCCUGUGACUACCAGCACACUCAGACCAUCACACUCCUGAUCUGCCUGGUGGGUGCUGUCACUUCCCUCCCAACCCUUCAGGCUGAAUAAACUGGUUUCUGAAAGCUCUCAAUGCCCUGACUUCUAACUAGCACUUGUGAGGAAGGCCUCUGCACAGCAGAGGCCCAGCCAGCCACUCACGGCCCUAAGCCCUGUAGUCCCAUAGCAGCCAGGCUGAGGCCCCCGGAGAGCAGAGGUCUGGAAGCUCCUGGGCCUCACUCAUUACAGACAUACCUAGAAGCUGGUAGGGGCUUACGUCCA